AUGCACUGCUGCUUCAACGUCUCGUGCAGCAAGCUCGAGUCGGUGGUAGCUGUACCGCUUAUACCGACGGCAACGAUGCCACAGAUGCCCAGUGCUUCAAGCCGUCAACGGGGCAACAUGGGUGAGGGUCAAUUUGUAUGGCUCUCUGCAGCGCCAUCCACCACAGCCAUCGAGGCACCACCUCGUUGCAUGUAAGCACAAAACGGGACCCAACAGCGAGAAGACAACGACGCUGGCUCGGAGCAUAGCCGCGACGCAGCACCGAGUGAUCAGAUUGACGAAGCCGCCUGUCGCGCCAGUAGACCCGAUCGCUCGACGCACGCAUGUAUCGUCGUCGGCCGCCACCGCGCGCAGCAGCCAAUGAGCCCACGCAUUGGGCGAUCCAAACGCCGUCGCUGCGUCGUUCUGCCACGCGUCCUCAGACGGUUAUGGCUCAUUGGAAACGAAGCAAGAUCGCGUCGGUUCAUAUCUGCAACCAGCCAGAAUGGCCGAGGCGAAUGCGACCACCGCGGAGAAGACCGAGGCCAAGGCCGAGAAGAAUCCAUGGCUCCACGCGUACCACAACACGGUGGCCGGCAUCAAGGCCUUCUCGCCCUGCAUCAAGCUCGCGGAUGUCUACGGCGACGGCGACUACAAGCUGCUCAUUGCCGACGCCGACCGCCGGCUCAAAAUGUACAAAGGCACGACGCUUCUGAGCGAACAAGCCGUCUUGGGCGUGCCUGUUGCGCUCAGCGUCUUCUACUCGGACGCGACGCGGCCGCGCACGCCAUCGAUCGCGGUGGCGUCGGGACCUUCGAUCUACAUUUACCGCAACAUGCGACCGUACUACAAGUUUACGCUGCCGUCGCUGGACGUGUCGCCGGACGAAACCAAGCUCUGGGGCCAACUCGCCAAGUGCGAAGUCGACAUUGUUGGCGCCGUGCACCAGCUCAACGUCCUUCGGAGCAACGGUGCGGUACUGACGCAGCGCUCCCGCGGGUUCCUCGCCAUCGACGACAUGGAGCAACAAGCCGAGUUUGUGUCGCGAUACAUGGACGACCCGCUCAUCGAGCACACGUCCGUCACGUGCAUGACGACGCUGAGCAAAAACAUGGACGAGAAGGAUGCGAUUGGCUGCCUCGUUGUGGGCACCGAAGCCGGCCAGAUCUAUGUCCUCGACCAGCAAGGCGCCAACAUUACAACAAAGGCGUGUUUGCCGUCGACGCCGGUCGAAAUUGUUGUCAACGGGCUCUACGACGUCGAGUAUCGGCUGAUCGUGUCGUGCCGGAACGGCUCCGUGUACACGGUCAAGAAUGGCGAGUUGCUCAAGAGCGUGAUCGAGCUCGAGUCGCCUGCGUGCGCGCUCUUGCAGAUGGAGAAGAGCAUCGUCGUGGCGUGUAUGGACCGUAAAGUCUCGUCCUUCCACCUCAAGGGCAAGAAGAACUGGUCCAUGACCAUGCCUCAAGACGUGGUGGCGAUGGAGGCGCUCAACCUCCCCCGCACGAAACACUCGAGAGGCAUUUUGAUUGCGCUCCGGAAGGGCGAGAUCCUGCUCUACAACGAAAAGAUCAAAGUCACGUCGUUCCACCUCGACAGCCUCCUCACGGGCAUGGUCUUUGGCCAGUUUGGCAGAGAAGAAGCGUCCCUCGUCCUCGUGCACAAGUCGGGGGCUCUGACGCUCAAGAUCCUACAGCGCAACGCCGAUCUUGAAGGCACGUCGACGUCGGCGGGACCACCCCCCGAGCAAGACAUUCCACUCAACGUGCCCAAGAAGACAAAGCUCUACGUCGAGCAAACGCAGCGCGAGCGCGACCACGCGAUCGAGAUGCACCGCCAUUUCCAGCGCGACUUGUGCAAGCUUCGUCUCACGACUGUGCGGUCGUAUGUCAAGGUCAUUCGCGACGGCCAGGGCCCCGUCUCAUAUGCGACGGGGGCGUCCAUUCGCCUCAACGCCAAAGUCCAAGGUCUCGGCCCCCACUUCAAGAUCCAGCUCCAGUUGCAGAACUCGGGCGCCAAGUUUGCCGCGGAUAUUCCCAUCGCGCUGCAUUAUGACCAUGGACUCUACCGUAUUCCGCAGAGUCUGUUGCAAAUUCCGCUGCUGUUGCCCGGCGUGCAGUACGCGUACGCGAUCGACGUCGAGAGCAUCUCGGAGACUGGCGCGGCCGACAGCAUCUACAUCUUUGUUUGCGGCAAAGACAGCUGUGUGCCGAUCGUGUCGGCCGUCGUGACCAUGCCGCUCAGCGACGUGCCGUGUGCCAUGUACUAGUUCAAGACUGAGAACGACGACAAUCACCUUGCAUCUUAUGCGUGGAGCGUCCCGAUUCGGUCGCGGAGCCGCUUGCUAAAGACUGUGAGCAGCAAAAAUUCCUUGUUGCGCUCGGCGUCAAGCG